AACAGCUCGUUAACUGUCAGCUGUGACUCUGAAGCUGCAGCAGAGAUGUCUCUGCUGCUGAGCCUCGUAGCAGGAGCAGUGUUCUGUUAUGUGAUAGUUUAUUACGGAGUAUUCAGAGGAGCGAGGUGCUCCAGCUCAGUGAGGCUGAGAGGGAAGACGGUCAUAGUCACAGGUAGUAACACAGGUGUUGGGAAGGCUACAGCUCUGGAUCUGGCUCGGAGAGGAGCCCGAGUGAUCCUGGCCUGCAGGAACAAGGAGAAGGCAGAGACUGCAGCCUACGACCUCCGCAGGGAGAGCGGGAACAGUCAGGUGGUGUUCAUGCAGCUGGAUCUGGCCAGUUUCAAGUCUAUUCGGAACUUUGCUGAAACGUUCCUGAAGACCGAACCCAGACUGGACCUCCUCAUCAACAACGCUGGUGUGAUGGGUGCAGGACGCACUGAGGACGGGUUCGGCGCGGCAUUCGGUGUAAACCACCUGGGUCACUUCCUGCUCACUAACCUCCUCCUGGAGCGUCUGCAGCAGUGCGGUCCGAGCCGGGUGGUCACCGUCUCCGCUCUUCUGCAUCGCCUCGGAAACGUGGACUUCCCUCUGCUGGCCUCGAAGAAGGAUUUAGUGUCAGGUCAGUCCACCUGGUGCAACUUUCAGGCCUACAGCAGCAGCAAGCUGUGUAAUGUGCUCUUCACCAGGGAGCUGGCCAACAGGCUGGAGGGCACCGGCGUCACCUGCUACAGCCUGCACCCAGGAGUCAUCCUCACAGAGCUGUGUCGCAGCAUGAGCUUGUGGCAGCAGCUCCUCUUGCUCCCCUUUGCCAAGCUCUUCUUCCUCCACCCUGAGGGGGGGUCCCAGACCACCCUGCACUGCGCCCUGCAGGAGGGCAUCGAACCUCUCAGCGGACGCUACUUCUCAAACUGCGCUCUGCAACAAGUGGGGGCCCGGGGACGAGAUGAUGCUCUGGCUAAGAAGCUGUGGGAAGUGAGUGAGAGGUUAACCGGCUUAUCGUGAGACACUGAGUCCAGAAACUCUGAGGACUGAGUGAACGCUGCGAGCCUUAUCAGAGAGCCGGCAGGCCUCCAGUGUGAUGGUCUUAUUUCUGUGAGACGGGUUCCUGACGCUCUUAUUCAUGUGAGAGGAAGAGGAUCUGGACUAAUGACGGAGCCUGAGCUGAGCACAGCUGUAAUAUUUACUGUCUUUCUAACUCACCUCAGUGCUGCUGAUUAUCUAAUGAAGGUGAAAAGACGUCCUGAUGCUCCUCUGGUUAAACCACAUUCUCUUCCUGAAGUGAAUCAAGAUCUCUUCCUCAGCCUUCAAACUCCAUACCUGCGUCAAAGACUCAGGUGUGAUUCAUACGAUGACUUGCAGCAGGUCUGAAUGUUAAUCCAAUAAAGGAUAAUGCAACAAACGAUGGAGGAGGCGUUGAAAUCAUGCUAAUGAAGGUUUUUUGGGUAAUGACGGAAGAUGAGAGGAGAACAAGUCAUCAAAGAAAAUAUGGAACAUAUGAAAUAUUAAUUCUAAUAAACUGAUUAAUAAAAAAUGA